UUGCCAAAUGCUGUGCUGCAUUCCCACACACCGAGGAGGGAGGACGCAUCAGGAGAAGGUCUUCCAAAGACUACUCGAGGGAUGAUGUUCAUUAAGUGCUGGAUGUCGCUUCAGCUUCUUCUGGGACAUGUCUUGACGCUUCUGGCAGUCCAUCCAUCCUCCAGCAGCAGACUUGUGGCUUUGAGAGAAGAAAUAUGUCCUCUUUUCUUUCCUCCUCUUCCUCCGCCAUUGUUUCCUCCCCUGCAGCACAGACAGGAAGUGAUGGUUGACAUAACAGAAUUGAUCACUGGACCUCAAGGGGAGAAGGGAUGUAGAGGACCCCAAGGAUCUAAGGUGCACACACACACACACACACACACACACAUGCACAGGAGAAGUCCAGGUAGUGUGCGUAAAGUAUGGUGUGUGUUUCAGGGGGAAUCUGGUAUGAUGGGUCCCCAAGGAGAGAAAGGGCAAUCAGGAGCAAUAGGAAAACCUGGUCACAAGGGAGAGAAAGGCUUCCAGGGCUGGCGAGGUCUUAAAGGUGCGCCAGGAUCAGCGUGCGUGUUGAAGGGCAAUAAAGGACCAGCAGGUUUGCGGGGAGGUCAGGGCCUCAAAGGAGAUCCAGGACCCUCAGGAGAUCCUGCUCAUCCAGGUGUCCCUGGCACGCCUGGACAUAAGGGUGACCCAGGCCUGUGUGGAGGUCCAGGUGUUGAAGGUGUGCAGGGUCCCAGAGGAGAACCUGGUCUCAGAGGAACUAAGGGAUUGAAAGGACUUUGUGGACCUUCAGGACCUUUGGGUCACCUUGGAGCAGUUGGAGCCCCUGGUUUGACGGGACAACCCGGACUUCCUGGACAAGUCUUCCAUCUGGAAGGUCUACAGGGAGAACCGGGAAGUCCAGGACCUCUGUCCUCAUCAUGCAGCUGCUCGCCACACCCCCGCAUACAACCAAGGCCACACCGGGUCCAGAAGAUCUUCAUCGCAGACGGAGAAGAAGCUUUGAGGAAGCUGCAGAAGGAGAACACCAUGGUUCUACGUACCGACAUGAAGGCUCUUUACAUCUUCACUGAGCAGCAGUGGAUUAACGUACUGAAUCCCAACAGUGACUCCCCCCUCCAUUAAAAUUCUCCCAGCUUUUUACAAUAAAAGCCCAUCAGCCUGUCACCCUUCCCCUAAAGUAUGCAACAAAAUCAUGACCAGCACGCUGGCACGCCUAGUUAGAAUGCUAAUAAAC